AUGAACUCCCAGAGAACCGCAUAUUUCGGCGCGACAGGCGGAUGCGCAAAUGCAUGCCUGGCCCUCUCUCUCAAACAAGGGCUCAAAGCUGUCGCACUGGCGCGCACUCCCCAGAAAUUGCACGAUAUGCUGCUGAGCCAAGGAAUCAGCGAGAAAACCAUCAGCGCAAACCUGAUUAUCAUCCAAGGCGAUGUCACCGACGUCGCGCCCGUCAAGAAGACCCUGAUGUCCGGAGACGAAAGAAAGCUCGUUGGCAAGAUCGUCUCGGGCAUUGGUGCUAGUCCCUCGUUCCAGCUUUCCCUGAGAACUCCGAUCAAAAUGGAUAACCCGCAUAUCUGCGAGAAGGCCACCGAGACCAUCAUCAAAGCUCUUGGGGAGAUUUAUGCGGAGUAUCCGGACGAGCGACUGCGCAAACCUGUCAUCACCGUUGUUUCGACGACGGGCGUGGAUGGUCCUUAUGAUGUGCCGUGUGGUUUCAAGCGGCUUUAUUCCAUUGUCCUUGCAGUGCCACAUGAAGACAAGAGGAAGCUGGAGGAGUUGGUCAAGGCCGACGCGUUCAAGGAUGAAUCGUCCAGGGUAUUUGGUGGAGGAGUAAUUGUUCGUCCGUCGUUGCUGGUUGGGGACCACAGUGUUGCUAGCAUUGGGUCAAAGAAGCUUAGGGUGGGAACAGAGGAGAGUCCGGCUAUUGGGUAUACAGUGCAUCGUGCUUGUGUUGGGCAAUGGAUUUUCGAGGAAGUUGUCAACAAGACUGAGGUUGACUGGCUGGGAAAGGCCGUGACUUUGACUCAAUGA